AUGCCAGAAGCGAGAACCAGCGGCGCCGCUGGAGGGACGCAACCGGCACAGGAGAAGUCCAUAUGGCAGUCGUUAGCUCAGGGCGUGGGCAUUUUCCUCCUCACACAGUUUGCUAUCAAUCAGGUCGGACCCUAUUUCCUCGGCAACAAGACGUCAACAUCCUCGACGUCCUCAUCUAGAGGAGCGACCGCGCCGGGAAAGCCAAAUUUCAACUUCGCUGAACGACCUGCACCGCAAGCAAUAACGAAUUAUAGUGCAACUCCAUACAACGUUGGCCCAAUAUGGCCCGACGACAGUGUCCUGGAUCUCAAGAUCUAUGUCUCUGCAAGUCCAGUCUUGGGGGCUUUCAGCACGCUGCCUCAGAGCGAUUUGGUGCUGGAUGAGAAGAAUAUUAAGAUGGGUGACUACAACGAUGUGAGGGAUAUCUCGACCGAGAUCACCAUCCCCACCCAGGUUCAGAAUAAUGGCACCCUUUGGGCUCACUUCUUCCUCGGCCUUUCCGGCAGCCAACUCGAUCCCAGCGAACCUGAUUUCAGUCCCGCCACUGCAAUUCAUUUUCCCCGGGCCUUGAACCACUACAUCCCAAAGAAGCGUGCGAAAAAGUUGAAGAACUUGCUCGAGAAAUCCGAAGAGAAGGAAGCAGAGCCAGAACCACCACAAAAGCUACAGAUCUCGUCCUUCUACCAUCCCAACUUCACGGUCGCCAUCAUCCCUGGGACGGGAGUCCAAAAUUGGCGCUCAAUGCAUCCUGGUAUACGGCGCAAUAUCGUCCUUGAGAGCACCGGAGCCCGCGAUCAAACUGGUCAAAAUGGAUGGUACUACCCAGUCGUCUUCCUCAACACCUUUUGGCAACUCAAACCCCACAUGACGGAGCUCAAUUCCACAGUCAAGACCGUGCCACUGAACCUUCAGCUCAAGAACUUUGCGAACUGGAAAUAUAGCAUCAUGACUUCGAUGGACGAAGGUAUGCGGCAGUCCCAGAUGCAAGCUGCCCAGGGCCAGGCUCUUCCGGGAGGUGGUGAUGGCAGCGAGCUGGAGAUGUUCAAGGAAGUCCUCCUCGAUACCAACAUCUACCUGCUGUCUACCACAGCCAUCGUGUCUGUCCUACACAUGAUCUUCGAAAUGCUCGCCUUCAAGAACGACAUCCAGCACUGGCGCAAGAAGAAAGACAACGUCGGGACUUCCGUGCGCACAAUUCUCGCAAAUGUCUUUAUGCAGACCGUCAUUUUCUUGUAUCUCAUGGACAACAACGAAAACACCUCCUGGAUGAUUCUGGCCGGGCAAGGCUUCGGAAUCCUGUUGGAGGCCUGGAAAAUCACCAAGACCGUCAAUGUCGUCGUUCGACCUCCCCCGCCAAACUCUUCCUUCUCGUUCCUUCCAUACAUCAUCAUAUUCGAAGACAAACAUCAACUCUCCGAUACCGAGAAGAAGACUCAAGAGUACGACGAGAUCGCUUUCCGCUACCUGUAUAUUGUUGCUGUUCCACUCUUGGGCGCGUACGCAAUCUACUCUCUGAUCUACGACUCCCACAAGUCAUGGUACUCCUUCAUCAUCACAACCCUUGUUGGCAGCGUCUAUGCGUACGGUUUCCUCAUGAUGGUGCCCAGUCUAUACAUUAACUACAGGCUAAAAUCGGUGGCACAUAUGCCGAGCAAGGCCAUGACGUACAAGUUCCUGAAUACUUUCAUCGACGACCUGUUUGCGUUCACAAUCAGGAUGCCCACGCUGCAUCGUCUAGCUACGUUGCGUGAUGACGUUAUCUUCUUCGUAUGGCUGUACCAGAAGUGGAAGUAUAGAGUAGAUUACUCUAGGAUCAACGAGUUUGGGCAAGGUGGGGAUAGUGACGAUGAGGGUGAGGGUGAAGGCAAGGGCGAGAAGUUACUGGAUGGACAGGACGUCAAGGAGUUGAAGCCAAGUGCAGCAAGUGAGAGUGCGACUAUUGACGAGGCGAAGGCGCAAGCAGUGAGUGCGAGUGGGGUCGAGAAGAAGGGUGGAAAGAAGAGAAAGUGA